AACUGAAAUGGAAAGCUUAAGCUGGUGGAAAAGAAUUGUGUCGUGGGUCGCCCCUCGCGCGCCCGUCGCCCUGACGAAAGAGACCUUGCUGGAGGCGGCCCAAAAUGGCGACGCCGUUUUGGUGAAAACUCUUCUGGCGCUGGGCAUCGAGCCCGACGAGGUCCGCACGCGCCACGGGGAGUCGGCGCUGUGGUUGGCGGCGCAACGCGGUCGCGUGGACGUCGCCCUGGUGCUGCUGGAAGCAGGCGCCGACCCUUGCAUGCAGGACGUCACGGGCGACACCCCGCUCAUCCGGGCCGCUGUAGACGAAGAGGGGCGAACCGCACUGCACUACGCGGCCAUUGCCAAUAAACCAGAAUGCGUCACUCUGCUGCUGGUGAGCGGGGCAGACCGCUUCGCGAAAGACAAUGCUGGUCAAACACCCAUAGACUUGGCCGUAACCGAUAAAGUGCGCCACUUGCUCCUCACCGCUCCGUACCACGUGAUCGCGCACUCUGCAGACUCCUCCAACUCCGGCGAAAUGAUUCCGCUCCAGCUGCUGCGAUUCGAUUUCAUUCCCCCCCAACGCAACGGAAUGAUCGAGUCGUGAGGUGGUCGACCACGAAGAAGGCUGGCUCGCCACGGUUGUAAAUCUGUCGCAUUCUUCCCAGGAUGGUGCAAGAAGCAAAUGGCAGAAGCGACUGAUUUAACCAGCUUAACACAGGCUCGCUUGGGUUUACACAAUGUAUUAAUCUGUCGAAGAGGAACGGUAAAUUUGCCUUGACUGAGUGUAUUCAUCGCACUCUUCAAACUACUAUACACAACGUUGUAAUUGUCAAUUUUACAUAAAAACUUGACAGUUGGAUUUCUCAUUCCGAAAUAAAGUAACUUAUAGGCACUGUUCUUGUUUGGGCUAUGGCUUAAUGUACGUGUGUAUUUUCUGCGAUUUUUUUUCGAUUUUACUACUGUAUUGGUUUUUAAAUAUUGUGUAACGCUUUUGUUUCAGGUACUUCCUUUUUCAGAAAAGUGUUGCUUUUGUACGACAAGUUCAUACUUUGAAUGUUUGAAGUUUCCUGUUAAAUUUGCAAAGGAAUCAUGAACUUCACAAAUU